AUGGCGGCCACCCAGCAAGCUAUAGAGGUCGACGAGAAAAAGGUGGUUGGGAAGAGUUCUGAGGCUUCGGUAGAUGCCAAAGAGGAGAGCACUCUGGUCAAGGACCAUGAUUUCUACUUCAACUUUUACUCUUCCCUCCAAAACCAAGCCAACAUGAUCGGAGACAUCUCAAGGACCGGGACUUAUCGGAAGGCUAUCCUUGGUAAUGCUGCUAUUGCAUUCACCGACAAGACUGUCUUGGAUCUGGGUGCUGGUUCCGGUAUCCUGUCGUACAUGUCGGCGCAGGCCGGAGCCAAGCAAGUGAUUGCCCUGGAAGCUUCGUCCAUGGCCGAGAAGAUUGAGAUCAUGAUCAAGGCCGCCAACCGCGGUAAGAACAACCCUCAUCUUAAGGACCGCAUCCGCGUCGUCCGUGGUAUGGUCGAGAACAAGAAGGUGCAGGCCGAAGUUCUCAAGACUGGCAAGGUGGACACUAUCAUCUCUGAACCCAUUGGUGUGAUGCUGUUGCACGAGCGAAUGGUCGAAUCUUUCAUCCUUGCGCGAGAUCUGUUCCUCAAGCCCGGGGGCCAAGUGCUUCCCUCGGCUGGUCAUAUUUUCUUCUGCCCCUUCACGGAUGAGGCUCUGUAUACCGAGACCGACCAGAAGGCUCAGUUCUUCAAUGCCACCCUCUUCGGUACCGAUUUCUCAGAGCUCUACGAUGCCGCCCGAGAGGAAGUUUUCGCCCAACCCGUCGUCGGCAUGUUCCCCCCAACCUCCCUCGUCUCCACCCCCCUCCCCCCUCAACAAUCAUUUGACUUCCACACCGUCACCACCGACGACCUCCUCGCCUUCACCACCCCCAUCGACUUUGUCGUCUCCCGCACAUGCCUCGUGCACGGCCUCGCUUCCUGGUUCGACCUUGACUUCAAUCCUCGGGUACCGCCCAAGGCUGAUGGGACGCAUUGGGGUUUCCCGGUGGCGCCGUCGAAUGCGUGGCAGUGGAUGGCGCAGGAGAAUCCGUUGAAUCCUGGUGCGACGCCGCCCCCGCCUGCUGAUGGGUUGAACGUUGCGCUUUCGACGGGUCCUGAUGCCGUUCGAACUCACUGGCAACAAGCCCGCCUCCUCCUCCCCGAGCCCCUCGCCGUUAACAAGGGCGAACGCAUCACUGGCUCCAUCCGUUUCACAGUCAACGAAGCUCGUUCCUACGACCUCCUCCUCGAGCUCGAAGUCGACAGGCCGGGAUUGGAGAAUUGGAAGGGGCCCAACCCAUUGAAGAGGAAGGCGAACUAUCUCUUGCAACAGCAAUGUUUCAACUACUCGUACAACCCCGAUGCCGCGGCUAUGGGGAACCUCGGCCUUAACGGAGGACUGGCCAUGUAA